CAGUAGGGCCCCACCGCCGUCCAACUGAUGAGAGACGGAGAGGACUUGCGGGGUGUAGACCGGAAGUCGUGCUUCCCUUCAAUGCUCCGAUGCUUUCCCUCUCCUCCUAAUGCCGAUCUCUUCCAGAGGGUUUGCGUCGAUGAGCGGCGACUACGGAGGCGUCCUCUGCUUCCUCGCCCUCGCCCUCGCGUCGCCGCUCUCUGCUUCUCCCCUUCGUGGCGUCUCUCCGCGAGAUGAGAAGUACUUCAUGGGGCCGGUGAUAGCUUGCAGAGACGGCGCCGCAACUUUCCCUAGAGAUCGGCUAAACGAUGGCUUCUGUGAUUGCCCUGAUGGAACUGAUGAACCCGGCACUUCUGCUUGCCCAGAAAGUAAAUUUUACUGCAGAAACAUGGGAGAUGCACCUCGGUUCUUGUUCUCUUCACGAGUGAAUGAUCAUAUCUGCGAUUGUUGUGAUGGGAGUGAUGAAUAUGAGAGUGGAGCCCAGUGCCCAAACACAUGUCACAAAGAUACGAAUCCUUCUGAAAAUAGUACUGUCGCCGUGAAUCCAGAGUCCAACGAUUUGGACGAUCUUGAUACACAAAGUAGGAAUACUAGGAUUGAUCUCGAGAAUCUCAUUAAGAACAUUGGAGGAUUGAGGGCGGUUACUGCCAUGCAGAUGAUCGUCUGUGCAAUUGUUAUGGUUGCUUUUUGCUGCCACCACUAUCGAUACAAUCGGAUUCGAAGAAGAAAAUAUAUCUUGAGCAGGUAGAUAUUAGAAAUAGCUCUCUAAAUUUCACCAGCAAUCAAGCUUUUUUACAACGCUUAAACGACACCCACAUGAUAAUUGCAACUUUCUGGUGGAUAAGAACAUAAUGUAAAUUUAUUUAUUUUGGUUUGAUUGCAA